GUAAAUUUCUUGCCGCUUCUACGACGUUGUCGAGCACAGCACUGGAAGAAAAAACUUAAUACCAACUUAAAACUAAAUCUUCAUAGAUCUACCGCGAUGAAAGGCAAUGACAAGAGACAGUUGAAGACAUGGAGGUGAAAUGGCCAUUCCUACACGGCCUACGCCACAACGACGACGAGCGCUUCACAGACAGAGCGCGCCUAGGAUUCGGGCUUUGGUGGUACGGCUGCAGCGGAACCUUCGGCGUCAUUUCUACGGGUGGGCAGCGGCGAUGGAGUCGGGUGGCAAGUUCCGCUCUGCGCUGCGGCUGAUGUACCUCGAGUUCGCCGCCAACACGGGCAUCCACGGCCUCAAGUACAUCACCGAGGACGGCCGGCGGCCUUUCGAGAGGUAUUGUGAGUUGGGAAUAAUGGUUGAGACUGUUGUGUUGUUCGUGGAGUCCCCAGACGAGAGUGGUGGUGUGCGCAGGGUGCUGUGGGCGGUGGUGGUGCUGCUGGGCGUGGUCGGCGCGGCGUUCAUGGCCAACAACUUCUGGCAGCGCUUCUCGGAGAGCCCGACGCGCGCCAUCGUCGAGACCAACCACUACCCCUCCCACCGCAUACCCUUCCCGGCCAUCUCGCUCUGCAACGCCAACGUCUUCUUCCGGUCGCGCGCGCAACAGCUCGUACAGUACCUGUCCAGGGAGAGCAACAUGACAGAGGCGGAGUUGUGGCAGGGCCUGGAGAGGCUGCGGCAGCUGGUGGCGCCCCGGCCAGAGGGCGAGCCGGAUGCGGAUCAGCGCAGGCUGGCGGCUGAGAUGCAGGGGCUGCUCGACUCCAGGGGAAUCAGCGUCGCGGCCGCCGUCAGACAGAUGAGCCAGCCGUGCGACCAGCUGCUGGAGGGUUGCAAGUGGAAGGGUGAGGAGACUUCUUGCCACAAGCUCUUCACUAUGCGACUCUCCUACCUCGGCUUCUGCUGCUCCUUCGGCUACCGUGGAGAUGUCCGUGUCACCGACAGAUCUGGAAAGGCACAGGUGGUUCGCUCCAAACAGCACCUGCACUACACGCGCUACUACAGCCACCGCAUGGGCCUCACUGCGCUGCUCAACCCACAGCUGCACGACUACUGGGUCAACUCACUCUUCUCCAGUGGUGUCAGGAUGCUGGUGCACGGGCCGGACGACUUCCCUGAGGAGUCGCUGCUGGAGAAGGUGCUGCCCCCGGGCCGCGAGCUGCUGCUGCGGCUGUCGGCCACGUUGUCGUACUGCACGCGCGCCGUGCAGUCGGUGGCGCCACAGGUGCGCGGCUGCGUCUUCCCCGAGGAGCGCCACCUGCAGCUCUUCUCCAGCUACAGUGCUGCCAACUGCCUGGCCCAGUGCCGCGCCGAUGCCAUCGCACGCCUCUGCCACUGCAUGCCUUUCUACUACAGCAGUGCCGAUAUGCUGCGAACUCGCCGUCACCUGGAUGAGAGUCCAUCGAAGCAAAUGAAUGCCUCAAUUGCAUGUCACUGCCCUUCGUUGUGCAAUGUUGUAGAGUAUGAUGUACAGUACUCGAGUGGUGACUUCGAAGCCAGUCAGUUCAUGCCUGAUGAGUUCUUUUCUGGCAAAAAUGUUACAGGGAGGAUAUUGUUCCACUUUUACUUUGGCAGUCAUGUGUCAACUCGGACCAGACGAGACAUCAUAAGUUCCUGGAAUGAUUUGCUUUCUUCACUUGGAGGAAUCUUCAGCUUGUUUCUGGGCUGCAGCUUCAUGACAGUCAUUGAGCUACUGUAUUUCUUCACACUGAGGCUGUUUCUACACAUGAGGAGUUUCAAUACUGUUGCUCCAAGACCCAGGAAGAAAAUGAGAGUGGUGAAUCUCAGCUCAAAGGCAGGCCAGCAAGAUGUCUUCACCCUACCAGUCCCACUGGACAAUGACAACACUGUGAAACAUCGUUUCUUCUGA